UUAGAGAAUGUGGUGCACUUGUAUUGUUACUAUAAGGUCAUUUUGCUGUUUUUUCAGUGGAGAAGAGUUUUUCCCAACAUCCAACAGUCUUCUUCAUGGAACACAUGUGCCUUCCGCACAGGAAAUUGAUAGGAUGGUCACAGAUCUGGAAAAACAAAUUGAAAAACGAGACAAAUAUAGCCGGAGAAGACCUUAUAAUGACGAUGCAGAUAUUGACUAUAUUAAUGAAAGGAAUGCCAAAUUCAACAAAAAGGCAGAAAGAUUCUAUGGGAAAUAUACAGCUGAAAUUAAACAGAAUUUGGAGAGAGGAACAGCUGUCUAAUCUUCAGGAACUGUUUUUAGAAGCUUGGGAUGGAGUGAAAAUUUCUGCUAGCAGAACUGUCUAUGCCUUCCCACUCAGCAUUUAAAAAUAAAUGUUUUUUCUUAAUCAUAUAUUUCCAAAUUUUUGUGUUUGGAUAUAAGAUGUAUUUCUUGUAGUGUACUUGUUUUGUAAUAAUCUACUUUGUAUAAAUCCUAAUUAUAUUAUUUUUCUAUGUAUUUUAAAUGUGUGAUUGUUUAAUCUUUGAAGCAUUUUGGGCUUAAGAUUGCUGGUACCAAACAUAAAUUCAGUCACUGUCGCUUUGAAUCAUGUUAGGAAUUUGACAGAAUCUAGAGUUGGACUCAGGAACCAUGUGGGAUUGAAGCUAAGGACAGUGAUGAAGGUGUGGCAGUGGCUCCUGGAGGACUGGUGCAGGCUGGACCCAGGACUGCUUAUGACCAAGUUCAGGAAGUAACAGAACUGUCCUCCUGUGAAUAUGGACCAUGUACUGUUCCCUUUUUUUACAAAGCAAAUAUCCUGUGGAAUAAAAUCCCUACUAAACCCUC